CCCUUACAUCUUCAGCCUUCAGCCCUUGACUUAACCAACAAUGAAGUUCUUCGCCGUUGUUUUUACCGCCCUCGCUGCCUUCACCGCGGUCAGCGCAGCCAGCGUCGAUGUCAGCAAAGGAAACAGCCUCGCCGCUGCGCCCCCCACCAAGCCCGCUGCCCUCCAGUGCACCGGUGUUGCCCCGGGACUGCUCGGUGUCAACCAGCACAUGGCUGCGGCCAACCAGAUUCUGGACUCGCUCAAGAAGUCCGCGACUGGGGGGAACAAGGCCCUCGCUGCGAGCGUGAUGGGCGCCGCGGCGCCUACCCCGGCCGAUGUCAUCAGCACUCUGACCGACGCGAUCACCCUCGCGACCAACGCCGCGAUCUCGAUCGUCAACAUCGUCACUGGCCUUACUUUCACCCUCGUCGGGGCCGCCGCUAGCGUGCUCCAGCCUCUCCUGACCUCGGUGAAGGCCUUGCUCACUUUGGCCACCACCCUGGUCGCUACGCUGCCCGGCCUCAUCGUCACGAUCCUCACUUCGCUCGCGGGGCUGUGAGCGGGGGACUAUGCCCCAUCGUAACUGAAUGACGCCUGAAAGAACACUCUUCUUCGCUUCUUCCUGUGGUCGUUUCUUUUUUCUCGAGUGUUGAAUUUGAAAUGAAUGUGUCGAAUGAAAUAAAUGCAAUUUCUGCGAAUGGGGCUGCGUAGCAUAAGAUUAUGCGCCAUAUUUCU